AUGUUUUCAUCCUCACAUGUGUGGCAGUUCAGCAAUGCUCAUGUGAUUGAAGGCGAACGGAAAGCGAAACUAACUGAAGAGGAAGAGGCCUGUGACUCCCGAGAAAACCCGAUCAGCGUAAGGUCCUCGAAAACCUCCACCUCCUCACCUGGGCCGGAACCGGGAGACCCCGCUGCCGCGUUUACAGUCCGAACUCUGGAUGGAGAGUUCGCCUUCAAGCCCGGUGACCUGCAGGGACCUGUCAUCAUCCACGCCUUCACUAACAAGUCGGGGUUCUUGGAGUGCCUGUGGAGCUCCGAGUCGUCCCUGACCAGCCUGGUGCAGGACCUGCCGGACACCACACAGGUCCUCUUCCUGUCCCUGGACGACUCUGCGGUCACUGAUGCUCUGUGGAUGAGGGAGCAGCUGCAGCGGGUCGCCCUGCACAGCGGUAAGAAGGAGGUCCUGUCCCGGCUGCACUUCUCUCCUCUGCCGGUCUUCACUCUGGGAAACUGGAUUCCCAGCGUGCUUUACUACUGGGGAGGCUCGUCCCGUGUCCUCACCCAGGCUGUUUUCACCUCGGAGGGGUGGAACUUGCCGAUUAUUAUCAAGAGACUUGACGGCAGGUACGAUUGGCUCAUGACAAAAUGGGGUCCCAAGUCGCAUCAGCUGGUGGAUGCAGAUGACGGAUGUGAACCUGCUCCUGCGGUGGCGGGCGCUGUGGCCUGGGUGUCUGAGGGAAACUGCUCCUUCUUCACUAAGUUGGAGAACAUGGCCAAAUCCAACGCCUCCGGUGUCCUCGUCUAUGCUCUCCCUGGUAACCCGCUCCAGGAUAUGAACUGCGAGGGGGACGAUUGCAACACGACACUGAAAAUCCCCGCUUCCAUGGUGCACCUGGAGCCGUCAGUGGCUCAGGCGCUUCAGUCUGGACAGCUGGUGUAUGUGACCUUCCAGAUCACACCGUCACCGAGCUUCUUCCUAUGCAUUGACCAGCAGGGGGCGCUGGCUGAGAUGGGCUGGUUCCUCUACCCCUCUUUUAGUUUUAUCAACUGGCAGGCUCAGUGGUUUGAUUUCUAUGCAGAGCUGCAGAUGAAGCUCCAGAAACCUGCAAAGGUCAUUCCUGUAUUUGACAAAGUGCUGAUGCAGGGGGAGAAAGGAGCAGUGGCCACAGUCAACCUGCCGUUAGGAUUGUUGGACUACGAUCUGCUGGAGCUGGACGCGUCCCUGUCGUGUCCCGGCAGGAGGGACUCGACCUGCGCUCACUGGGAUCACACAGUGCAGCUGUUUGUGUGCUGCGAUCACACUGGUCCGUACUGCAACACAGAGCUGGGCCGAUGGAUCACCGCCUUCCGCAGAGGAACUGGUCGUUGGCUGACUGACGUGUCUCCUCUGCGCCCCCUGCUGGACAGCCACCAGUGCACCCUCACAAUGAAGACGGUGCCCUGGGCCAUGCCGUGGUUCGUCUCUCUCAACCUGAGAUUCAGCGUCAGCAAUCAGACAGCUUCAGGAAACUUUACAGACGAUGGUGACGAGGAGAACCUGCGCCCGUUCAGAGUGAUGCCUCUGUACAGCGGGGGAACCUUCAACAAAAACUACAACAAGAGAUUCAAGCCAAUCAAAUUCUCCGUCCCCACAUCAACAAAAAAGGUGGAGCUGUACGCCAUCAUCACGGCACACGGCAGCGACGACAACAGUUGCGGAGAGUUUUGUGUCACCUCCCAUCACUUCCUGUUCAACGCUUACUAUAACAACACGCUCUUAUUCGAUUCUGCAGGAUCACCUCUGGGCUGUGCCAUGCGGGUCAAAGAGGGGGCGGUGCCAAACGAACACGGCACAUGGCUGUACGGACGGGGAGGCUGGUGUGACGGACUGCAGGUUGAUCCCUGGAGGCUCGAUAUCACCACACAGCUGGACAUCAGCGGGUCUGAAUCAAACACCGUCCUCUACUUUGGCCUGUUCAACGGGACGGAUCCCAAUCCAUCCAAGGACCCUGGAUACAUUAUUAUGUCGUCUUUUCUCAUCUUCUACAAAUGAUACCUCUCUGUGAAACUCAAAAAUCUGAACAUUUCUGUUGGACUGGAGGAUACUACACUGAAUGUACAAUCAAGCCAAAGAUUAAAUGUCUAUUUUCGUAA